CGAAGCUGAAAUUAUUAAUAAAAAGUUGAGGGAGCAAAAAAUAUAAAGUCAAAAUAAUGAGCUGCCAAUUGAAAUGGAUAGCUAAAAGUAAUAGCUACUGUAAAUGGUGAAAUAUCUAAAGAUGAUGAAACCGUUGGCCACAAGCAAUGGAAAAGCAGUUAAAAUUGCUAAAAGUAUAAAUAGUCAAAACAGGUACCUAUAGCUAAAAGUAAAAGUGGAUAAAUUGAAGUACUUAGCUGAACCUGAUGGGGGGAAGUACCCUUUAGUAUAAUUGGUAAAUAGUUGGCUAAAAUGGUUAACUUCAAAUUAAUUGUUAGCUGAAAAUAAUUGAUAAAUGGUUUAAAAAUGUACCUCCUGUUACUCUUCCAUCUAAGUGGAAGUAGAAAAUGGACAGUUCAAUUGUAUGAAAAAAUAUACAAUAUACAGUUUUAUAUAGUUAACAGUGUUAAGUGUUACUUUGCUUUGUGCACUGAGCCACAGUCAGGCUGGAAUAGAAAAGGACCUUCCCUAAACUGUUACCACAAAGUUGGAAGCAUAGCGUUGUCCAAAAUGUCUUGGUGUGCUGAAGGGGCCGAACCCAAUCCCUGAAACAUCCCCACAGAGAGGUCUUACUUUUGUCUCUACAGUGUUUAUUACUGCAACACAGUAUUAUCCAUAUUAAUGUGUAACAGACAUAUGUAGUCUAUUCAUCAUUUCAAGGUCACGUUGAGUUUCAAGAGGUGCUGCAUGCUUUUACAGGCUGGAAAUCACUGGAACCCGCGGGGCAGAUAAGAGGAGAGGUGAAAGAAAUAGAUCAAAUUGAGUCUAGGAAUCAAAAUGAAAACAGAUGGAACAGAGUUGUCUGUUUUGGAUUUAUACGGCUGGAUUAAAGAAGGGGAGUGUGUGUGCAUGUGUGCGUGUCUGUGUGAUGUGGUCACAGUUGUGUUGGGUCGUGCUGGGGUCUGAUCAUAAAGACUGACAGUCAGACAGACUGCUUGCAGGGGUCAGUGUGAUGGCCAACAUCCUCCAUCACUCUCACUUUCUGAUGAAGAGCGAAAAGUAGCGCAGGAGGCUGGAGGAGCAGGACCGGAUGUUUCUUUUUCCUUCCAAGCCUAACUCGAUGAAGGGACUGAGGACAAAGUAAGGGAGGUUGAAGAAGGUGAGUGCUUUUUUUUCCUCCCACUUCGAUUGAAUUUAAUUCACUGCUUAAUGUCAAGUGCUCAGUUGUAGCAAGUGCUGAAAGAUUGGCUAAGAAGUACCACUUCAAAAAUGCAGCUAUCAAAAUUAAUAUUUACUUACCGACCACAAAACAAAGGACAGGUCUAAUCUCCUUUAUUUUUUAUUUUAUUUUAUUUUAUUUUAUUUUAUUCAGUCUCAUUAAGUGCUUGUGGUUGGUAUUGGUUUGAUCAUCUGUCCCCUUGUCAGGUUCCACUGUGACAGCAAUUUUUCUCUUUUUUUUUUCCCCACUUUGAUUUACCCGCCUGUCUUCCCACAAAUUGCCAAUACUGUGCUGAUUUUCUAUCACUUUAUUUUCAUUCUUAAAAUGUGAUUAGUCAUGUAAAACCAAUGGCUCCCCCGCACCUUCCCUUUCAAAUGCCUCACUAAUCAUCUUGGCCAGAAUUGCUUCUCCUUGGAAACUAAUAACAGGCUGGUGAUAUUUUUAGUGACGUGCAAGAGUGGAGGUGCACCAGAAGUCUAGCAGAUUAACAGUGAGAUACUCAUUCCCUUGAUAUUUAUCAUAUUUGACCACCUCUUAAUGUCCGAUAUGUUUGUCUCUAUCCCGUACUAUUCCUCCACCAGCCCAAGUCCUAAUUUAUCCCUGCAUGAUGGCGUUCUUGCAGCAGAUGCGUUCCCCUCGCCUCUCCUUUAUCCAGACGGUUGUGUCUCUUUUCCUGGGUGGUGUGGCCCUCAUGUCCUCCUAUUGGUGCGUGGGGAAACAGAAGGUGCCCAAGCCACUUUGUACGUCUACCAAGCACAGCAACUGCAUCCCAGUUCCCGGUGUCUCCAACUCCUCCAACAUCCAGUUCUUUUGGGAGACCGGGGACGACCGCUUUGUCUUCCCCACCUUUCAUACUGGCCUGUUCAUCACCUGUGAAGAGAACAUCUACACAGACGCAUGGGAGGAGAAGUGUCGAGGGUUUUACACGUUGACUCCAGGCUCUGAAAAAGCAAUGAUGUGGCUGUCACUGUCAAUGGAGCUCAUGUAUAUCGGUCUGCUGUUAAUCAGCUGCACGCUGCUCUCUGUGCAGUUGUGUAUCAGGGCCUGGUUCCCUUCCACGCAACGCUGGGGCCAGCUGCUCAACGCUUUUGCUGCUGUCUUCACAGUCCUGGGAGGUCUCCUUGGGAUGGUGGGUCACAUGAUGUUCAUGCAGGUGUUUCAGACCACUGCCUCAAUGGGACCAGAAGACUUCAAGCCUCACAGCUAUGGCUACUCCUGGGCAUUCUACGUGGCCUGGUUUGCCUUUACUGUCUGCAUGUCGGCCGGCGUCUCCACUCUGAACAACUACACCAAGAAGGUCCUGAUGGUGGGACCAAGGCGUAACUCUGGCCUCAAUCCCUGCAGCUUUAACUUUGUGGGGCUCCUGCCACCAGCUCCUUAUUACACACCCGCACACCCAGCCGUCAGCUUGGCCUGUCCUCCGUCUCCCCCUCGGAUAUCCCAUUUGUCUCCCUACUAUGAGCCCCCAUCAACAACGAUUCCAGCCUCCAGUCCGAGGCUCACGCACUCCCACUCCCUGCCUCUCCACCACUCUGACUCCUUCCCUCCUCCUCCCCCUCACCCUGCACCUGCAUCUCCGUUCCACCGCCUCUCCCUUCCGUCCCCGUCACCCAUCCCGUCUGUCCACAUGACCCUGCCAGAACAUCAGGAGAACCACUACGAGCCAGAGGAGGAUUACAGCCCCCUUUGAACUCCAAUAUGUAUUCCCACCCGUUAUGAUCAGACUGGGAGACCUGUGCUGAUCCUGGCAAUGCAGUUUGAUGUCUGUCAUGGUCUUGUCAUGUGCUCUGAAUUGUCAUAAGCAGCAGUCUAGUGAUACAGUGAAUCUAAGUAAUCAGCUAUGAAAAUAAUCACAGUAACAACCACUGUUUUGUAAACUGAACAUCAUGCUUCAUAUACUGUAUUAUUUACAAGAAAGCAUUUGCAAUUUCAUUAUUUACACUGUAGACAUCUUAAAAUAAAUUUGGAAUGCAUGAAAUAUUUCAGUGUUUUGUCUGCAAGCCUUGAAUGAUAAAAAAGUCAUUUUAACAAACUAGAAACUAAAACAUAAUUAAAGUAAUAAUGACAUAAACUAAUAUUUUACAACUAAUCACGACAAAUGGCGAUGAAAUAAAAAAUAACUGCUAACUGGUUGAAAAUCAAGUUUUAAUAUUGUAAAAAUUAUGGUCAUUGUCAUCUAUAAUGAGAAAUAACAGCAGCAAAAAUAAAAACAGCAUUAGACAUCGAGCAUUAUGGGAAGGAAACCAUAUUUACACGUUAUAUAUCCCUAGGCUGCUCCCUUUCUGUCACACUGGGAGGAAACAGUUGAUUUGACAAAGAGUGAAAGUACAUGAAAAGUUGUGAUGGUUUGAUGUGCUUCACUGACACGGUUGGAUUUACAUUAUAUUUGACUGAGCUGAUUUAUUUGAAAUAGUAAAAAAACAAAAGAAAAAAAA